UCGUUCGCAUCUCACGCUUGUCGGAGCCAGGGUUGUGAAGAUAUUGAGGAGGAGGAGGAGGAGGAGGAGGAGGAUGGGGGAGCGCCGAGCGGCGACUCGAAGCGUCGCCGCACGUGCAUCGCGGCGCUCGACGGCGUUGCCUGCGCAGCACCGGCGGAUAGAGAUGGAAACGAGGAGCGGCCUGAGCCCCGGAUGUGUCGCAAAGCUGGGCGGGGCGUCCCCUGUGCAGCCCCGGCAGAUGGAAACGGGAGGAGAAGCGGCCCGAGCUGAAGCCUCGACGGAGGAUGGGGAGGGGGCAGGAGUACGGGCACCAGCUCGUUCUUCUCGUUGCGGCAAGCCUCGUGACAGUUUCAUGGCGCUGGAGACGACUCCCAAAUUCGGGUCCUGCAGCUCGCCUAUGGCUGCCGAGGAGGAGGCCCUCGAUCAGAUGAUUGCGCCGCCGGACGAGGAAGAUUACCGCCGUGGAAGACGAGGACGCAUGGGGUUGUUUGGGCUUUUACCUUGUGAUAUUGCUACAAACUGCAAAAGACGCAGAGUGCUCCUUGUCAGAUCAGAUCGCACGAUGAACACUCGUGGGUCUGUGUGGCGACGCGCUUUUGGCGUACCCCAGCAUCUAGUGCAAAGAAAACAAUUGAAGAGGCUGAAUGUGAUGUGUCACCGGAUUUAGGCCAAGUAAAAAUAAACAAGUUUGCAAACAAAGCUGAAACAGGGAAAUUAUUUAGUAGAAAUAGAGCUUGAAUGGCUCUCUAAGAGGGAAUCAUCAACUCCUCUCCACAACAUGUUCGAUUUCUGUUAAUGUUAAAAGAAGAUGUGCCUGAUUCAUCCUUUUUGAAAAAAUGUCGUUUCCUCCACAUUAGGCCUUCAAAAUCUGGAAAGAAUUAAAACUACUGGUUCAGGUUGGUCGA